GUAAAAAGUGCGUGCAAUUGACAAUCAUCUCCUCCAUCCUUCUAUGCGUACUUUUAUGAGGGAUAUUAAAAAAUGCUUAGAGUUCUUUCAGUCGUACAAAGCACUUGACUCAUGUUUGCAGCUAAACCUAGUAUCCACACACACAUGCGAGCAGUAGCUACUUCCGGUUUAGCUGAGUCUUUUGUUUUUGUUUUGUUUUGCCAUCAGAGUCUUAGGAAAACAACAACAUAGAUUGUGGGUGUCACAAGUGUUCAAAGGCAAAGCCAAACUGAGCACAGCAGAGUAGAGCACGCGACGUUACGGCUGGUCGAGUCGGCGGCUGUGGGGGGCAGUGUGUGUCCAGAUGUUGCGCACAAUUAUCAUAUCAGCAGCACAUCAUUUACAUUUAAGUGGAAAAACAGAUUGAGCCAAUCGACUGCGAAGAGCGCCGGCCAAUGAGCAGUUCGCGCACAGAACUCGACUUAAGAGGCGUCAUCGUGUGCCCGAGAGCUCAGUGUUAAUUAGAGUGUUCGAUCAGCAGGAGCUACGAUGAAGAACUGCACCACAGAUUUGGCCGCCUUUUACGUCAAUGACUAUGAGGACUUUGACUACAGCUACAACUAUGAGCCGACCAAUGCACCCAGCUAUGAGGAUUACAGAAACAAAUCCUGGACUGGAGGAUCGGCCGCGGCUUAUAGCUGCCAUGCUCUGCAACUGGCAGACAGUGUAGCUUCAGCCACGACCAUGGACCAACCAAACUCCACAGCAGCCAGCAGCAAUAGUGCACAACGUAAGGAACGCACGGCUUUCACCAAAACCCAACUCAAGCAACUGGAAGCGGAAUUUCGCUACUCCAAUUACCUGACACGGCUGCGACGUUACGAGAUUGCCGUCGCCUUGGAGCUGAGCGAGCGUCAGGUUAAGGUUUGGUUUCAAAAUCGUCGCAUGAAGUGCAAACGCAUUAAACUUGAGAUGUCCGGGUCUACGAAAGCCGACAAUUAGUUUACUUUAUA